UCUCCGAUCUGUGCAUGCAUGUAAUUCUGUUCAUAUCUGGAAAUUCUGAGUGGCCAGCUGCAGGGCUGAAAUACAAUUCACAGCAGGUGUAGGAUAUAAUUGUCAUAUUUCUAAGGAACUGGAAUGGAUCUCCUGAUGGGUGAACUGUGAUCUUGUCAUCCUUUCUUCCAUAGUCUUAGGUGCAGCUUAUGGUUGCAUAAUUAUCUACCACAGAGACACUUCAUUUGAUCACAACAUCACAGCAUGAACAGUGCCAACAGCAUGGAGAAGCCAGUUGAAGUUCGAAUGCAUGAGUGUAACUUUGAAGCUCCAGCUUCUCCUCCAGGACCAGCAUGCGGAGGAUUCUUUAACAAAUUCAUGAAGAACUUGCUUCUAGCACUCACAAUUCUUGGUGUGAUUGUAGGCUCGGUGGCUGGUGUCCUUCUGCGUUAUGCAUCUCCACUUCAUCCAGAUAUCGUCAUGAUCAUCGCCUUCCCUGGUGAUAUUCUCAUGAGAAUGUUGAAGAUGGUGAUUUUGCCUCUGAUCAUCUCCAGUUUAAUCACAGGUCUGGCAGGUUUAGACGCCAAAUCUAGCAGUCGUCUCGGCACCAGAGCCAUGGUGUAUUACAUGACCACAACCAUUAUUGCAGCAGUGCUGGGGGUGCUUCUGGUGCUGGCUAUCCACCCGGGCCACCCCAAACUAAAAUCCAACUUGGGAGAGGGCAAGAAGAACGAUGAUGUGUCCACAUUAGAUGCCUUUUUUGACCUUAUACGAAAUCUUUUUCCAGAGAAUCUAGUACAGGCCUGCUUUCAACAGAUCCAGACCGUUACAAAUAAGGUAGAGGUAUCAACACCUCAUCAUCAUCAUUAUCAUCAUCAUCAACAUCAUCCUCAUCGGUUUGGACGAAAUAGCACAAAGUGGGCAACAAAAUAUGUUAUAAAGAAAUCUCUCCAGUUCAAGAGUGGCAUGAAUGUCUUAGGGCUCAUUGGUUUCUUUGUGGCUUUUGGAAUCUGCAUGGGAAAGAUGGGUGAGAAAGCCAAGCUGCUGAUGGACUUCUUCAACAUUCUCAACGAAAUCGUCAUGAGACUUGUCGGCAUGAUCAUGUGGUAUUCUCCUGUUGGGAUUGCGUGCCUGAUCUGUGGCAAGAUUAUUUCAAUUAAUGACCUGGAGAUGGUAGCCAAGCAGUUGGGGAUGUACAUGCUUACAGUCAUUUUGGGCCUCAUCAUCCAUGGUGGGAUCUUUCUCCCACUGAUAUAUUUUGUCAUUGUUCGAAAGAACCCUUUUAAAUUUUUUAUGGGAGUAUUUCAAGCUUGGGUGACCGCGUUAGGAACAGCUUCCAGUGCUGGUACACUGCCUGUUACGUUUCGUUGCCUGGAGGAAAACUUGGGCAUUGAUAAAAGAGUUACUCGAUUUGUGCUUCCUGUUGGAGCGACGAUCAACAUGGAUGGUACUGCACUUUACGAGGCGGUAGCAGCCAUUUUUAUCGCACAGAUGAAUGGAAUAAAACUUGAUCCUGGUCAGAUUAUUACAGUCAGCCUCACAGCUACUCUUGCUAGUGUGGGAGCUGCCAGUAUUCCCAGUGCUGGCCUGGUUACCAUGCUGCUCAUCCUCACCGCUGUGGGACUGCCCACCCAAGACAUCAGCUUACUGGUCGCUGUUGACUGGCUCCUGGAUCGCUUCCGAACAUCAGUCAAUGUUAUUGGCGACUCAUAUGGAGCGGGCAUCGUGUACCACCUCACCAAAGAUGAGCUUAACGCGUUUGAUGCCCAGCAGAUAAGAACAGAUGGCUUUGAGAUGACCAAAUCACAAUCCUCCUAUGAGAAUAACACAAACCAUGGUGUAUAUGCAUCGUACAACUCCUGUCCACAAGUACUAAUAGAUGACUGCAAGAUCAACUUGACCCCAAAUGGCUCCCCUGCUGUCUUUUCUGUUACUGAGGAGGACCCUUGGACACAAGAGUAAAACAGAUCCAGCUUCGCCUUAUAUCGGGUCCUUCAAGCUUGCUAUUCUGUGUGAAAACAUUAUAAUGAAUGGAAAAUUUUUUAGAUCCUAUUUUACAUCCUGUUAUUAUGCAUGUAUGUAUUACACUAGCACAGGCAUUUGUUCAGGCAUGAACAACUCCUCAUUAUCUUGGUGACUAAGAUUAUAGUUUGGCUUUUAGCUGUGAUUAAGGAUCUAUGCCAGUGACCUUAAAGCUGUAAGUUUAAAUCAGUAGUUGUCAGAAGUAAGGUUCCAGCUCUAGUGUCCUGUCCCACCACGGCUGCAGCUUUGAGUAAGGACCAAAACCUACAAUUGCUCACUGCUGGGAUCUUAAGUAAGGCCCCAUGUUCAAAGCUUAAACCUUUAAAUUGCAGUACUGUAAAAUUAAUUUCAUAUAUUUAUGGCAAAUCAAAGUAUUUGU